AUGGCAACAAGUUGGCUGCGUCCACGGACGAUCAUCUGUUCUAUCGACAUCGAGGACCGUUUUGGCCCUAUCGUCAGUGAGCUAUGUGCUUCUGGUUUUGACUUCACAUGGUAUUUUGAAUCAGUCGUCUUGUCGCUACCGGUGACGGCAGUCUUUCUUCUGUGGGCACUACCGAGAAUUGUCUACCUUCGCAAGCAAUCCAUCAAGACUCAGGGUGGAUAUUGGGCAAUCAUCAAACUAGUUUUGUACGUGCUUUUGGCAACUAUCCAGGUCGUUCUGCUUGGUCUAUGGGCGUCUUCGCUGGCUGAAAGAACUCGCGCAACUAUCGCAACAGCUGUCCUCAACCUAGUGACUUCCAUUGUGUUGGGGUUGCUUUCCCAAUAUGAACAUACACGGUCCAUUAGGCCAUCCACGGUCAACGCGGGUUACUUGUUUCUCUCCACUGUGUUGUCUCUGCCAGAAGCCCGAACCCUCUACUUUCUCGAGACAACCCGCGCUAUUCCCAUCCUCUUCACGGUCACGCUAUGUUUGAAAGUCAUUACUCUUCUCGUCGAGUCUGUGCCCAAAACUUCAAUCCUCAAACGCGCCUAUCAGAACCCACCACCAGAGUCGGCGACGGGCAUCCUCGGCCUGAGCUUUUUCACGUGGAUCAAUCCCCUUUUACUGCUCGGCAACAAAACAGACCUUACCGUGGAGUUGCUUCCAACCCUAGAUGAGUCUUUUUGUGCAAAGGGUGUCGUUCCAAAUGGGCUGGAGAAGACCUGGCGGAAGAGUGGCAACCCUAAAUCACCUCAUAGCCUUCUUUGGGCAUCGAUGAAAUACUUUGCCGGAACGUUCCUCGUCGGAGUUCUGCCACGUCUCUUGCAGAUCGGUUUCGUUUUCGCACAGCCAUUUCUGGUCGACACAACCGUGAGCUGGGUCGAUGCGCCGACCACGGCGAAUACUAAGAGCCAGGGCUAUGGUCUGGUUGGUGCUUUUGCUAUCACUUACACGGGUAUCGCAAUAUCAACGGCACUUGCCCAGCAUCAAGCCUACCGCUUGGUCUCGAUGAUGCGAGCCAGCUUGGUAGACAUGAUCUUCCGGCACAUGACGAUCAUGCGUGAGAGUGACAUUGAUUCCAAUGCUCCCGUAACCCUGAUGAACGCAGAUAUAGAGCGUAUUGCAAGUGGAUUGCGGUACAUUCAUGAUGUCUGGGCCUGCAUCGUCGAAAUUCCAAUUGCAUUGUAUCUGCUGUGGAGGCAGCUCGGGAUUGCCAGUAUUGCCCCUAUAGUCGUGGUCAUUGUUUGCAUGUUAAUGUGUGUCCUUAUCUCUGCUUUGGCUGGUCCACGACAACAGCUUUGGCUUGAAUCGAUCGAACGGCGUGUGGAUAUCACCUCCCAAGUUCUUGGAUCAGUAAAAGGGGUUCGCAUGGCAGGUUUGACUGACAAUCUCUACAACCUCAUCCAAACAAUGCGAUCCCAUGAAGUUCGCAUGUCUGAGCGAUUCCGUCGUCUUUUGAUUCUUGUGGUUGCUGUUGCUUACAGUAAUCAGUCCGUGUCACCUUUGGCUGCCUUUUUAAUCUAUUCGCUGAUGGCCCGAUCAUCUGGCGAUGGAACAUUGACCCCGGCUCGAGCAUUUACCUCUUUGACCCUCUUCACUCUUCUGUCAACUCCGCUUUCAAAUCUUGUCGAGGCUGUGACAGGAAUAGCAACGGCAGUCGGAUCCAUCAAGCGUAUCAACCUCUUCCUGCAAACUUCUCCCCGUGAUGACGGUAUGUCGAGUGAUCCCGACGACGAUGCCUCAACUUCUCACAGCACCCUCACCGUUAAUUCUGAAGUCCAGCUUCAGACCUUGGCCUCGGAUAUCAAAGAAAAGCACGGAGUGGAAUGUUCACGUGUCUCCGUCGGGGAGAGGCUGCAUGUCUACGACUCUUUCCCCACAUUCGAUUUUGUGGCGGAAGGUCGUAGCACCGGCUGGGAUGAAGAAAAGGCGAACAUCAUCAACGAUGCCACUUUCAAAAUUCAGCGAGGAACCCUCACCAUUGUCGUCGGCCCCGUGGGCUGCGGAAAGUCCACCUUUGUUCGCAUGCUCUUGCGAGAGACACCUAUAUCUACGGGAACCCUUCAUGUUGAAGCAGGCGUAAUCGCAUAUUGUGCGCAGGUUCCCUGGCUGACAAACCGUAGCAUGCAAGACAACAUUCUUGGAGAAUCUCUGUUUGAUCUUGCUUGGUACAAUACAGUCGUUCAAGCCUGUGCGUUGGAGAAGGACAUUCUUGAUCUGCCAAAUCGAGAUCAAGGUCUGCUCGGGUCCGGGGGCGCUACCCUCAGUGGAGGGCAAAGACAACGCGUGGCCAUCGCACGUGCUGUCUAUUCUAGAGCAGAGACAAUCAUUUUGGAUGACGCCCUAAGUGGACUCGAUCGUACAACAGAAGAAACCAUCUUCAACAACCUCUUCGCCUCAGGAGGCCUACUACGCAAAAUGGGCACAACCAUCAUUAUGACGAGUAACGGUGUCUCUCGUCUUCCUCUGGCAGAUCACGUCAUUGCCUUAUCCAAAACAGGUAGCAUCGUUGAGCAAGGGUCCUACAAAGAAUUGAUGGAUCGCCCAGAAAGCUACAUCCAGACCCUUUCUGUUCCUGACGGCAGCAAACAGGUAUCAGGUGACGAUAUGGAAAUCACUGCUGUUGCGGAGACGAAGAUGCAUCGCCCGCUGAGUCUGGCCAGUCUCAAUUUGGAGGCCCCGCCACCGCAGGAUGGAAGGCGCACCGGGGACAUGUCAGUCUACUGGUACUACAUGAAGAUCCUCGGAAUCUGGCGAUCUCUCAUCUUUGUGCUGCUCAUUUGCUGCUACGUGGUGGGCAUUAGUUUUCCAACGAUUUGGGUGGAAUGGUGGACGGCGGAGAACUUAGAAUACCCGAAUGACAAUCUCGGCUACUGGCUUGGUAUCUACGGGUGGAUUGCGGUGAUGGCUGUGUGUACGCUCGUGUUGGCUUGUUGGCAUCUUAUGUCCAAUUUGGUUGCUCGGGCUGCUCGAUCAAUGCAUGGGCAACUUUUGAAAAAGGUUCUGGACUCCCCGAUGUCGUUUUUCCACACGACUGACGUUGGCCAAACUACCAAUCGAUUCAGCCAAGAUCUUCAGCUUAUCGACAUGGAGCUCCCACUUGCCGUCCUUAACACCAUUCUCACAUUUUUCACAUGCGUCGCACAAAUGGUAGUUGUUUGCGUCUCCACGAGCUACAUUGCUGCAACCAUUCCAGGCUGUCUGAUCGCGUUCUACUGCGUACAAAGAUUCUAUCUUCGAACAUCUCGGCAAAUCCGGUAUCUUGACAUUGAAGCGAAAGCGCCACUCAUCUCACACUUCCUUGACACGCUGAACGGAUUGACCACUGUCCGCAGCUUUAAGUGGGAAUCACAGUACCGCAAGAAAAAUGCAGAGCUUAUCAACUCUAGCCAGAAACCAUUUUACCUGCUGUUUGCCAUUCAGCGAUGGUUGGAAUUGGUCAUUGCUUUGUGUGUUGCCGGCUUCGCUGUGGUGCUUGUUGGAAUCGCGGUCGCCACGCGCGGCAGUUUGAGCGCUGGCUUCAUCGGUGUGGCACUCUUGAAUAUUGUCACUUUCACUGAGAACUUGCAAGGAUUGAUUAUGCAGUGGACUGUUCUUGAAACAUCUAUCGGGGCUGUCUCCCGUAUUCGCCAUUUCCAUCGCACUGUGGACUCCGAGCAUCAGCAAAAUGAGACGGUAGACCCGCCGGCCUGCUGGCCUGAGCAUGGAGGAAUUGAAAUCACGGACCUUGUGGCCUCUUACAAGGAUAGCGCUAACCUCGCCAUCGAUCACGUUUCCCUGUCGAUCAAGCCUGGAACCAAGGUGGGCAUUUGUGGCCGAAGUGGAAGUGGCAAAUCAACCCUCGUAUCCUCACUGUUCCGCCUUAUCGAACCGACUAGUGGCUCUAUCUUCAUCGAUGGCCUCGACAUAACGACUGUGCAACGACACCCGCUCCGCGCCCGAUUAAACUGCAUUCCUCAAGAGCCCUUUUUACUCCCCUCCUGUUCAGUUCGCGUCAAUAUGAAUCCUGGAGGUGGGGUAGACGACGAGAUUCUGAUCGACGCACUGAAAAAGGUUCAGCUUUGGGAGGCUGUUGAGGGCCUCGGUGGACUGGAUGCUGAGAUUGCUCCGGAAACCUUCUCACCCGGACAAAAACAGCUACUUUGCUUCGCACGCGCUAUGGUGAAAGUCGAAGGCAAAAUCCUUAUCUUAGAUGAGGCAACGAGCAGUAUUGACACAAAGACGGACGAGCUCAUGCAAUCUUUGAUUCGGACCGAGUUUGCUUCGCACACAGUCAUUGCAAUUGCACAUCGUCUAGAGACAAUUGUUGACUUUGACGAGGUCGUUGUUAUGGAUAAUGGGCGAGUGAAAGAGCAAGGCCCACCUGCGCAGCUUCUGGAGCAAAAGGGUGCUUUUGCGGAGCUCUACUGGGAUCUUGGUCGCGGUUCGACUCGGACUCCUAUGGCCCUCUAA